GUUACUAUGGUUAAAGAUAUUAAUGAUAAAAUUUAAUGAAAAUAUUGGAAAUUCUCCAUAUCCGAUGCCAAUUGAUUCAGAAGAAGUUUAUAGGUUAAAAUUAAUGCAUCACGCAAUAAAGAGUGCUUGGAAAAGCAAUUGCCCAUCAAAGAAGUGA